AUGCCCUCCGGAAGCUGUCUUUGUGGCAAGAUUGCCUUCUCAUUCUUGGACUUCCAUAUAACACAGGGCACGCCCAAGAAGUUUGUUCGCAAGGGUAUUUCGGGUCUUGACCAACGCCUGUUUUUCUGCGGCGAUUGCGGAACUAAUCUGUUCGUCCAGCCCGAGUCCAUGGAAGGCACAACGUUGGUCAGGGCCGGCUCCCUUGGUGAUAGCGCAUCGGAUUUUCCCAUCAAGGUCGAAUUCUUCACCAAGGACCGUCGCAGCUACAACACUCCUGUGCAAGAUGCUCAACAGAACAUAGCCAAUACUUAG